AUGAAGAGGAUUGGGUUGAUUGACAUUGCAGAGUGGCAUAUAUUAAUGUGUUCUGCCACUGUGGACACUGGGCUUUGUGUUUUGUCCAAGUUCUCAGAUCCUCUUCUACAUUUUUCCAUUACAAUGUAUGUACCUUGGAAUCAUCCACGUGGCUCACAGUUCAGGGCCAACCAUGUAGCUUCUCUGGGUUCUAUGUGUGACACUGAACUUGACAGUUGCCAGGUGUAUGACAGUGCAACCCCAUCCUCAACAAAAAUUAACAAUCUGCAAUUGAGGUCCGAGGAUGGGUUGAACUCUACUGAGUUCCUUCAGUCUUGUAUUGGGCAUUUUUAA